AUGGUUUACCCGAUGCCGCUGAUCAACGAUCUACUGGAGGAUCUCGAGUCUACAUUAUGGUAUUGCGCACUGGAUAUGGCUAGCGGAUUCUGGGUGGUGAAGAUGACGGAUCGGGCCCGCCUGAUCUCGGCCUUUAUUACCCCAUUUGGACUUUUCGAAUGGAAUUGGAUACCUUUCGGGCGGAAGAAUGCGCCGCAGAUCUACCAGCGGAUGAUCGACAAUGCCCUGUGUGGGUUCACUCGGAUCCCAAAAAUGGGAGGUGAUCUGGAGCAUCUGGAUGUAUUUGAGGCCGGAGAACCCGAAGAUCCGGGUAAGCCAUCGGUGUUAGGACGCCGAUCCUACAUCGACGACAUCUUAGUGCCAGUGGAUAAUUGGGAUCAGCUAUGCGACCGAGUCGAAGAUCUGCUGGAGGCGUGCGACAAAUGGAACUUGUCGAUCAGCGUUGUCAAGAGUUUCUGGGGCAUGCCCAAUGUGGAAUACCUCGGUCAUAAGGUAUCGCACAAUGGACUGGAGGCAAACCCGAAGGAUCUGCCGGCUCGCUUCAUCGACGAUUACGCGAUUUACGCGUCUGUGCUGUAUGAGUUGAGGGAGAUCGACUAUGCUGCGAUGGAGAAGGGCACGAAUCAAAGCCGGAUCCAGCUAGCACUAGCGUCGGAAUCCUCGGAUCCAGACAUGUUGACUAAGGACCUGACAAGUCCACGACCAUCGGAUCCGGAUCCGCGGAGUCUGGAUCCUGAACUUAGCAAGCAAGAUCCGGACCUAGUGGCACCGGAUUCGAGGCCCGAUUGCAGGAAGGUGUCGAAUCCCGAGAAGGACAAUCUUGCGGAUCUAGAUCCCCGGUGA